UAACAUCAACUCUAGAAAAAUAGAGUCACUUAAACAGUCAGCGGCGUGUAACCACAAGUUUUAGCAACAAAAACCAAGAGCUCCCCAGAGAACCGGAAGCACGUGUUUCAGUAUAAUGCUUUCCAACCAUUCCUGGAAAGUUGGUACCCUGGGCCAUUCGCAAACAUUUUCUUGGGUGCCCACCUAUCGGGGGCAGGGAGGUGACCUCCUAGGCGCUGGGCACACGAGCUGGUGGACUGAUUGACAUCGAGCUCUCUCGAGCUCACCGAAGUGAGCACUCAGAGCCCAAAAUGCUGGCCCAAAUGAAGGGCUGCCUAGGUGCUGCUGAUCUCAGCUGUAAUUUUUUUUUCUUCCCCUGUUGCGGUAAAUCACGACUUCAACACCUGGGCUGAAGUGUCGCAUUCAGCACAGAGGUGGAAGUAAGGGGCAGAAAACAGAAGAACUGAGAGAAAUGGAUCCUGUGUAUUAAGACAACGUGAUGCAGCGUUAAAAGGUUAGGAGGCUGCGAUCCCCGGGCUAAGAAAAACAAACGGCUGGCGGUGAACGACAUGGGUGCUGGGGAGCAUUGAUCUUGAACCUUUCCCUUACAGCCAAAUCCUGGCCAAGGCCACAAAUUUCAGAUCGCCUGAAAACUAAACUGGCUCUUGACGGUGACCUCGGCUGGGCGAAACCCUCUGUUGCUGAUGAUUUAACUACAGCUGUGUCCCGGGUCCCUCCAACUCAAGCACUUCGGCCGGGAAGAAGGGGCAAGCGAGAGCCUCUGGCUCUGUUGGGGGAGAGGGGCGCCGCGCCCGAAGAGGCCCCGUCCCGCCCUGCGGCAGCCGCCCCGGGGCACCCAGCCGCCUCCUUCCCUCCGAAGAGCGUCCCUGACGGUGAAACCGCGCGGGACACAACCCAUCGCGGCUCACCACCCACUUACAAAUCGCUGUCGCUAGGAUUCCCGCCACUCCUCUCAGUCCGGCCCCCCCACCCCUGCCACUUUUCGGAGUCCCCCGCCCUCGUCACUGCCUCCCUGGAGCUGUGGGGCAGUCGGACGCCGAGCUGCCGAACCGCUAGAUCGCCUGGCCGGAGCUGCCCUCUGCAGCCGAGCCGGCGCCCCCUGCCCUUCGCCGCCGCGCCGGGCGGGCGCCCCCGCCGCCCUCGCUCGGCUCCUCCCGGCUCCCUGCGCGCAGGUCGCGGAGCUCCGCCACCGCUGGGUGCGGCGGGGCCGGCGCGAUGCGGCAGCUGUGCCGGGGCCGCGUGCUGGGCAUCUCGGUGGCCAUCGCGCACGGGGUCUUCUCGGGUUCCCUCAACAUCCUGCUCAAGUUCCUCAUCAGCCGCUACCAGUUCUCCUUCUUGACCCUGGUGCAGUGCCUGACCAGCUCCACCGCGGCGCUGAGCCUGGAGCUGCUGCGGCGCCUAGGGCUCAUCGCCGUGCCCCCCUUCGGCCUGAGCCUGGCGCGCUCCUUCGCGGGGGUCGCGGUGCUCUCCACGCUGCAGUCCAGCCUCACGCUCUGGUCCCUGCGCGGCCUCAGCUUGCCCAUGUACGUGGUCUUCAAGCGCUGCCUGCCCCUGGUCACCAUGCUCAUCGGCGUCCUGGUGCUCAAGAACGGCGCGCCCUCGCCUGGGGUGCUGGCGGCCGUGCUCAUCACCACCUGCGGCGCCGCCCUGGCAGGAGCCGGCGACCUGACGGGUGACCCCAUCGGGUACGUCACGGGCGUGCUGGCAGUGCUGGUCCACGCCGCCUACCUGGUGCUCAUCCAGAAGGCCAGCGCCGACACCGAGCACGGGCCGCUCACCGCGCAGUAUGUCAUCGCUGUCUCCGCAACCCCGCUGCUGGUCAUCUGCUCCUUUGCCAGCACCGACUCCAUCCACGCCUGGACCUUCCCGGGCUGGAAGGACCCGGCCAUGGUCUGCAUCUUCGUGGCCUGUAUCCUGAUCGGCUGCGCCAUGAACUUUACCACUCUGCACUGCACCUACAUCAACUCAGCCGUGACCACCAGCUUCGUGGGCGUGGUGAAGAGUAUUGCCACCAUCACGGUGGGCAUGGUGGCCUUCAGCGACGUGGAGCCCACCUCUCUGUUUAUUGCUGGUGUGGUGGUGAACACCCUGGGCUCCAUCAUUUACUGUGUGGCCAAGUUCAUGGAGACCAGAAAACAAAGCAAUUACGAGGACCUGGAGGCCCAGCCCCGGGGAGAAGAGGCGCAGCUAAGUGGAGACCAGCUGCCGUUCGUGAUGGAGGAGCUGCCCGGGGAGGGAGGAAAUGGCCGGUCAGAAGGUGCGGAGGCGGCAGGUGGCCCAAGUGGGCAAGAGGCCAGGCGUGGCCCCCGAGGAGUCCUGCUGGUGGCUGGGAGCUGUGAAGAAGGGAGCAGGAGGUCGUUAAAAGAUGCUUACCUCGAGGUGUGGAGGUUGGUUAGGGGAACCAGGUAUUUGAAGAAGGAUUAUUUGAUAGAAAACGAGGAGUUACCCAGUCCUUGAGAAGGAGAGUAGGUACCUUGUGCAUACACUUAUUUUAUAUGUUAGAAUGACAUGUUUUCAUGAGAGGCCUCCCCGUUUUAUUCUUUGCGGAAUGGGAAAGGGAAGAAAAGAAAGAGGCUGAAAGGUACUGACAGGUAGCCACAAAUUUAGCACCUGUGUGAAUUAUUUAGUGUGACUUCACCUGAGGCAUCACAGAGACAAAAGAAUGUGAAGGUACUUAACAAAGUAAGGCAACGGUUUCUGCUUCAGACUCCUGGCACAUUUAUUUUUUGUCAUUAUAGCCAUAACUAAAUAUCUGCAUGUACCAAGAGUCCCUAAGCCACCCCCUCCAAAGAUGGAGUGUAGAAAUGAGACAGUGCUUAGUAAGUUCAAAGAUGACAUUCAGGGAUGCAUUUUUGAUGACAGAACUAGUUUUUAUCGCCAAGCGGGCAAAGAGUAUAUUGCUGAAAUGAUAUAUAAAUAUACUGAAUUGAUGUUUACUGUGUAUAGUCAUCUGAAAUACCAUAUUUACUCAGAUUCUACUCACUCGUUUUUUAAAAUAAGUGUCCAACUAUUCUAUUAUAUGGUGAUAGAAACUGUUAAAGCUAUUUUGAAAAUAUGAGUUCUUAGCGUUAAUCAUGAAGUCUAAAGUUUGCUUUUAGUAAUUAUUUUGAAAGUUGUUUUGGUUCAUUGCUUUAUAAUAUUUAUUAUUGAAUGCCAAACCUAUUCUCUUUUUCACUGUGUCCAAUAUUCUUUCAAGCAAAUGCAAUGGCUGGAAUAUAAUUCAGAAUUAACUGAAACCCAGUCGGAAGAGGGCCACCUGUAAAGCAAUCCCUUUCAAGUUGCACUGCAUAUCCCCAACCACGUUACCAAAAGAGCAACUGCUAUAUUCACAUUAUGAUAUUUUUCUAUCUUAACUUUGUCAAAAUAAAGUAUGAGUGUAACUAUUAAAAGAUACAUUGUUAGAAA